AUGGACGACAUCUUCGACUCGACUUUUCCGCAAGGCAACGCGGCUGCCGCACCGACGCACGAGCACCACACUGCUGCUGGCGAUGAACAUGCUAUCAUCAAUGAGGGCAGCAACCUGCCGGAUGCUGCAGCCCACGAACAACCACUUCGCGGCAAAGCGGCAACUCAGGGGCUGACGGUGGAGGAGAAGAAGGAACGGCAGAAGCUGCAGAAUCGCAGGGCCGCUGAGAGGAGCCGUAACAAGAAGCGCGAAGAGCUCACGGCGCUCGAGAUGACCGUGAACAAUAUCCAAGACGAGAACAAUCGAUUGCGCGCCAGACUCUCGACGCUGCUCGCAUCCAAGUCUGCCGAACAGCCCCCAUCUUCGGGAGAUCAGGAACUGAUUACGGGCACUCCAGUUGAUUAUUCGCACCUCGGGAAACUGCAGGCGGAACUGGCUUCAGCCAAAUCGACAUUGAUGGAUCGCGAGAUGGAGCUUAGUCGCAUUCAGGGAGGGGGAGACGAGGACAUCGAGAAGCUGCGCCGCGAUGUUGCUCAACAGAAUACUGCCCUGCAAAACACACAAGCUGAGGUGAAAACUCUGCAUGCUCUCAUCAAGCAACUACGCUCCGAACGCGACAAUCUCGCCCGCCAAAAAGACGUCCUCACCCGUGAGAUCGAAGCCCGACGACUUCUCCGAGAUUCCUCGGGUGAAACUCCCAGUCUGUCUACCAACGCUCGAGCUGCAGGUGUCGAGCGAGCAUUGCUCGAGCUUCGCGGCCUCAUAGAUGGUGUUAUCCGAUCAUGGGAUCAGGCAAGUCUGACUCGGUACCGCGCUGCUGACGUUGCAGGCCGCACUUUUGCCCAACAAACUUCACGAUGA